AUGGCGAUCGACAAAAAACUACCGUUACAAACCAGCAACAACGCCAACAUCUCCACCACCGGAAAAACCAUCGAAGAAACAUAUCAGAAAAAAACCCAGCUCGAACACAUCCUCCUACGACCCGACACCUACAUUGGUUCAAUCGAAAAACACACACAAACCCUUUGGGUCUAUGAGAACAACGAAAUGGUUCAUCGCCCAAUUUCCUACGUGCCCGGCCUGUACAAGAUCUUCGACGAAAUCCUCGUCAACGCGGCUGAUAACAAGCAAAGAGACCCAUCAAUGGACUCCCUGAAGGUUGUGAUUGACAUUGAGCAGAACUUGGUGAGUGUUUACAAUAAUGGGGAUGGAGUUCCGGUGGAGAUUCAUCAGGAGGAGAAGGUCUAUGUUCCAGAACUGAUUUUCGGGCACUUGUUGACUAGUAGUAACUAUAAUGAUUCGGAGAAGAAGACCACCGGUGGGAGGAACGGCUACGGGGCGAAGCUUACGAAUAUUUUCUCAACGGAGUUUGUGAUCGAGACUGCAGAUGGGAAGAGGCAGAAGAAGUACAAGCAGGUUUUCUCUAAUAAUAUGGGAAAGAAAUCUGAGCCUAUCAUAACAAAAUGCAAAGAGAACGAAAACUGGACCAAGGUUUCAUUUAGGCCUGACUUGGCAAAGUUCAACAUGACUCACCUAGAGGAUGAUGUUGUUGCCCUGAUGAGAAAGCGGGUGAUCGACUUAGCUGGGUGUCUUGGAAAGACGGUGAAAGUUGAAUUAAAUGGCCAGCGGGUUCCUGUAAAAUCAUUCCUUGACUAUGUCAAUCUUUAUCUACAAUCUGCCUCCAAGAACAAACCAGAUUCUCUCCCAAGGAUUGUUGAAAAAGUUAAUGAGAGAUGGGAAAUCUGCGUUAGUCUUAGCGAAGGACAGUUUCAACAGGUCAGCUUUGUAAAUGGAAUAUCAACAAUCAAGGGUGGGACUCAUGUUGACUAUGUUACUAACCAGAUCACGAAUCAUGUUAUGAGUAUUGUAAAUAAGAAGAACAAGAAUGCCAACAUGAAAGCCCAUUCUGUGAAGAAUUACUUAUGGGUCUUUGUCAAUGCUCUAAUUGACAACCCUGCUUUUGAUUCUCAAACCAAGGAGACUUUGACACUUCGUCAGAGCAGUUUCGGUUCUAACUGUGAACUCUCACAAGAGUUUCUGAAGAAAGUGGCCAAGUCUGGUGUGGUGGAAAAUCUCCUCUCAUGGGCAGAUUUUAAGCAGAGCAAGGACCUUAAGAAAACUGAUGGAGCAAAGAGGCAGAGGAUCACUGGAAUUACUAAGCUAGAAGAUGCCAAUGAUGCUGGAGGGAAAAAUUCUGAUAAAUGUACUUUGAUUCUGACAGAAGGAGAUUCAGCUAAGGCUCUUGCUAUGGCUGGAAUUUCUGUUGUGGGGCGAAACUACUAUGGUGUAUUUCCUUUGAGAGGUAAAUUGCUCAAUGUCAGGGAAGCAAACCAUAAGCAGAUCAUGGACAAUGCUGAAAUUCAGAACAUCAAGCAGAUUCUUGGACUCCAGCAUGGAAAAGCGUAUGACAGUGUCAAGUCACUGAGAUAUGGUCACUUGAUGAUAAUGACUGAUCAGGAUCAUGAUGGCUCCCACAUCAAAGGGCUAUUGAUUAAUUUCAUUCAUUCGUUCUGGCCAUCACUGCUGAAAAUUCCAACUUUUUUAGUGGAGUUUGUUACGCCAAUCGUGAAGGCCACUAACAAAAAUGGAAGGGUAUUAUCCUUCUAUUCCAUGCCCGAGUACGAGUCAUGGAAGGAAAGCCUGGGGGGCAAUGCAAGCAGUUGGUCUAUUAAGUACUACAAGGGGUUGGGAACAAGCACAUCAAAAGAAGGGAAAGAAUACUUCAAUGAUCUUGGCAAGCACAAAAAAGACUUUGUCUGGGCAGAUGAGCAAGAUGGGGAUGCAAUUGAGCUUGCCUUCAGUAAAAAGAAGAUUGAAGCAAGGAAGAAUUGGCUCCGACAGUUUGAGCCUGGUACUUACCUUGAUCAGAAGCAGAAGCUCAUUAAGUACAGUGACUUCGUCAAUAAGGAGCUUAUACUGUUUUCAAUGGCGGAUCUUCAGAGGUCAAUUCCAUCAAUGGUUGAUGGCCUGAAACCUGGUCAAAGAAAAAUUCUUUUCUGUUCUUUCAAAAGGAACUUUGUCAAGGAAGCAAAAGUUGCCCAAUUCUCUGGUUAUGUGUCUGAGCACUCAGCUUACCAUCAUGGUGAGCAGAGUCUUGCCGGUACCAUUAUUGGCAUGGCUCAGGAUUUUGUGGGCAGCAACAACAUAAACCUUUUUCAGCCAAAUGGUCAGUUUGGCACUCGACAUCAGGGAGGCAAAGAUCAUGCGAGUGCUAGGUACCUAUACACUCGGCUCUCGCCUAUCACCAGAUUUCUAUUUCCUAAGGAUGAUGAUAUCCUUCUUGACUACUUGAAUGAGGAUGGGCAAUCUAUUGAGCCUACUUGGUAUAUGCCAACUAUACCCACAGUUCUAAUCAACGGAAGCGAAGGAAUAGGAACAGGAUGGAGCUCAUAUAUCCCGAACUAUAACCCAAGAGACAUAAUUGCUAAUGUGAGGCAUUUGUUGAAUGGUGAGCCAAUGGAACCUAUGUAUCCAUGGUACAGAGGAUUCAGAGGGACCAUUGAACAAACAGCAACAAAAGAAGCAGGGGUGAGUUACACUGCCAGUGGAAUUAUGGAGGAAAUAAAUGAAACUACACUUAGGAUUACAGAGCUUCCAAUCCGAAAGUGGACACUAGACUACAAGGAGUUUCUAGAAUCAAUCAUGGUUGGAAAUGAUAAGAUCAAGGAUCCAUUUAUCAAGGACUAUAGGGAGCAUAAUGAUGACACUACUGUACACUUCGAAGUGAUCUUGUCUGAGGAGAACUUGAUCUUGGCCAAGCAAGAGGGAUUGCUGAAGAAAUUUAAGCUAACCACUACUAUAAGCACAACUAAUAUGCAUCUCUUCGACUCAAAAGGCGUAAUAAAGAAAUAUGACACACCUGAACUAAUUCUUGAGGAAUUCUGUCACUUAAGGCUCGAAUUUUAUGAGAAAAGAAAGAAAGUUCUACUAGACAAUCUCGAGAUGGAGCUGUUGAAACUUGAUAACAAGGUUAGGUUUAUCCUGGGGGUUGUGGAGGGCAAGAUUAUCGUGAGCAACAGGAAAAGAGUGGAUUUGUUUCUUGAGUUGAAGGAAAAAGGUUUCACUCCUUUCCCAAAGAAAACCAAAACCGUGGAAGCAGUGGUUGCUGGGGCAACUGAUGAUGUAGAAGAAACUGAAGAGAAUUCUGAGGUUACAAGCAAAGGCAUACGGGCAAGUGAUUAUGAGUACCUGCUGUCCAUGGCAAUUGGGACCUUGACACUUGAGAAGGUUCAGGAGCUAUGUGCUGAUAGAGAUAAGCUCAACAAAGAAGUUGAUGAUUUGAAAAAGGCAACCCCAAAGUCUUUGUGGACGAAAGAUCUUGAUGCUCUUGAAAGAGCCCUUGACGACCAAGAUAAGAGUGAUGCCCAGCUAGAGGAGGCUAGAAAGAAGAUGAAAAGCAGGGUGAUGAGUGAAGCUGGUCUUAAGGAUUUAAAACAAGCACCAAAGAACGCACGGAAGAAUAACAAGAAGGCCAGCAAUUCAGAAUCUAUUGAACCGUUAAAAACAUCAGCCGAAUCUGGAAGGGAAACAGAUAUUGUUCCAAAGGUGGUGAAGCCAAAAGGCAAACAAGGUUCAAAGAAAGCUCCUGCUAAGAAGGGAAAACCCUCUUUGGUUCCUGAGGAUGAUGAUGAUGAUGAAAUUCUUGAGCUAAAAGAACGACUUGCUGCUUACAACCUCGAGUCUUCCCCUGAUCACUCGGAAGCCAUGGGAACUGAAUUGCCUCCUGAAAUACAGAAUAGGAAGAAAGAAACCAGCAGAAGGGCUGUUGCACAGAAAAAGCCUUUGUUAACUGUAACAGAGAUUUCUGAUGAUGGCAGUGGUAAUGAUAAUGACGAGAACGAUAUGAGUGAUGACGAUUUUGAUCUAGAAGAAGCAAUAGCACCGGAAGAGACAAAGAAGAGAGGAAAAAAGGCAACAAAAAAUGUGAAAGUAGCCAAACCCCCUGCAGCUGCGAAGAAAAGAGGGCAGGCUACUACGCAGCAACCUCAGCUAAGGGGCCAGAAGCUGAUAACAGAAGUUCUGAAGCCUGCUGAGAAUUCAGGGAUUUCACCAGAGAAAAAGGUGAGGAAGAUGAGAGCAUCUCCAUUUAACAAGAAGAGUGGUUCUGUGUUGGGACUGAUUGGUAAAAAGGAUGAGGAAAAGGUUUCAGCAGGAAGUGAAAAAGAAAUGGGAUCUGCUUCUAGUUCAGACAGUAUUGAAGAGAUGAGUGAAGUCAUGGCUCCAAGAGCUAGAACAAUGAGGGCAAACCGCGGAAAGGCAACUUAUGUUGUGAGUGAUUCUGAAAGUGAUCAAGCUACUGAUGAUUCUGACUUCAAUGAAGAUGAAGAUUAAUGUUUUUUUUUUUUUAAGGUUGGGUGACUUAAUUGAACUGGGAAAUAUGAACUCUUUUCCCUGUAAGGUCUGAAACUUUACUUGACAAUGUUGAUUCUUGACAUUCAUGCAGUGAAUGUGUGCAAUCAUUUUAUAACUAAUGUACAAUUUUCGGUUCAACGAUCAGGAGUGUUCUGGC